GGGUAACAACGUGAACGAGCCACCCAUCCUGGAUGCCUCCGGAUACCCGUCGGGCUUGCCGCUCUCGGAAUCGACCAAGGUCGGGACGGAAGUGUUCGUCCUGAAGGGCCACGAUCCCGAAGGAUCGCCCGUGAAAUAUGGCAUACAACUCACGGACCAUUUCGUCGUCAACCCGCGCACCGGUGUCAUCACUCUGGCGAAGCCGCUCAAUCGCGAGGAGAACGACACGAUACGCUUCCGGGUGACUCUGGAGGACGAGGUGCCCGCGGGACAGCAGCCCAACAUCGUCGGCGUGGACGCAUAUGUGAUCGUGCUGGACGAGAACGACAAUCCGCCUCACUUCCUCGGGGUGCCGUACGAGGCUGUGGCGGAAGAGGACACCCCGGUCGGCUCCACUAUACUGCCUGGUAUUAGAGUCAUGGACCCUGACCUAUUGGGCGACAUCAUAGAUCUAACGUGUGUCCCGCAGCCACAGUUCCUGGAUGCCUGCGAGAAGUUCGGCAUCAAAACAGUCGAGAGGAGCCAGAAUACAUACGUGGGCGCCCUGGUGCUCAAGCAGCCCCUCGACUAUCGGGAGAGGCCUUUCUACCAGUUGCUGCUGCGAGCAAGCGACGGCCUGAACAAUGGAACUACUGGCGUGGAGAUCAAAGUGGCGGACAUUCAGAACAGUCCGCCGGAAUUCCUGGAUUCGCUAACAGGUGUAGUCCGCGAGGACGACCCCAUUGGGACCCUCGUGAUGACCGUGAAGGCCCGAGACGGCGAUAGAGGCAUGCCACGAAAGAUGAUCUACGAAUUGGUCACCAACCCGUUCGAUUAUUUUUUGCUGGAUGACGAUACGGGCGAGCUGAGGACGGCAAAGCCAUUGGACAGGGAGGCACUAGAGAACUCGACGGGCGUACUCACGCUAAUUGUGAAAGCCCGCGAGUUGAUCGACGGUAUACCCGGCAACGAUAAACUGACGGUAUCGACGGCCGAAGCCACCGUCACGAUUAAGGACGUCAAUGACGAGCCACCCACGUUCAAUCGGCGCGAGUAUAACAUCGAGAUCCCAGAAAACGUGCCGGACGGCACGCCAUUACCGCAUCUAGACAUGACGGUUAAAGAUCCGGAUGUGGGCUUAAACUCCGUAUUCUCCCUACGACUAGAAGAUAUAACGGGUGCGUUCACAGUGGAACCGGUGCUGGCAACCGGAAGCACAUCUGUGAACAUUCGCGUUACGAAUGGCUCGCUCGACUACGAAAACCCUAAUCAACGGAAAUUUAUUAUCCUGGUCGUUGCCGAGGAAGUUCACACGAGCCCAAAGCUGUCAUCCACGGCGACAGUAACUAUCGCUAUUACGGAUGCAAACGACAACGCGCCUUCCUUUGGGAGCCCCACGUAUACGUCCACAGUGUCCGAGACGGCACCGCCGGGCAGCCCAAUUAUAACGAUCAUGGCCAGAGAUCGCGAUAGCGGACGCUUCGGCACCGCCGGCAUAGUCUAUCAAUUACUCGGCCAGGGCGCGGAACAUUUCGCGAUCGACAGGAAAACUGGCGCCAUCACCGUUGCGCCGUGCCCGACGCCCGGUAUGUCACCGUGUCUGGAUUACGAACAGCAGACAGAAUACUUCCUCACUUAUAAGGCGACAGACGACAACGGGGAAGGGCAAACGACGAGCGUUUCAUUGCGCAUCACCGUGACGGACGCGAACGACAGUCCACCUCGUUUCCUGCAAGACAGGUAUCGUGCAGUGGUGGACGAGGGUGCCGAAAAAUUCGAGCCCGAGCUGAAGGUACAAGCACGCGACAAGGACAAAACGUCCAAGAUCACGUAUGCUCUAGUGGGCGGCAACGAACUAGGACUGUUCGCUAUUGAUCCGGAUACUGGCGAGAUCACCAUCAAGAACGGGAGUCCAGUCGACAUGACCAACGCCACUCAUGAUUGGAUUGCCUUAACGAUACAAGCGAGCGAUGGCAUAUUCGUAGAUUCCGCGCUCGUCAAUAUCACCGUUCGUGACGUUAACAACAACGCGCCCGUGUUCCCGCAUGACAUAUACACAGCGAGCAUCCCGGAAAUAUCGCCAAUAGGAACUGUUGUGGAAGAAGUAACCGCGACAGACGCCGACAGUGGAGUGAAUGCAGAGCUGGUGUACAGAAUACAGAAGGGUGCUUUCGACAACUUCGCCAUCAAUGAGACUACUGGUGUUGUCACUGUGUCCAGAAAGUUGGAUUACGACGAAAAGAAUACAUAUCACGUAGAAGUAAUAGCAUUUGACAAAGGGACGCCGAGUCUAACCGGAACAACGACACUGAUGAUCGAAGUGGAAAACAGCAACGAUAAGGCCCCAUAUUUUACGCCCGAGACACAACGAGCCGAAGUUACAGAGGACACGCCGAUCGGCACGGUUUUCGCGACAUUAAAAGCCACCGAUCCGGACAGCACGAACCUUGAGGCUUUGAACUUUGCCAUUUCCGAGCCAAUCACAGCUAUUGACAGAAACGGCCAACGAGUCAACGACAGCAAAUCUUUUAAAGACUUCUUCGCGGUUGAUCGCGCUACCGGACAAGUUUCCGUCGUUCGGGCACUUGAUCGGGAUAUAGCAGCUACAGUGAGCGUCACGGUCGUUGUCAGCGACACCACUGCACCCACGUUGCAACAAGGACGAGGCAAACUAGUAGUCACUAUUAUUGACGUGAACCAUAUGGCGCCGGAAUUCUUGAAGCCGUGGACUCGAGAGAAUCCCCGGUAUCUCAUAGAAAUGCAAGAGGAACAACCCACGGGCGCUAUAGUUGGCGCCUUCACGGCGACGGACGCUGAUAGCAACAUAGCGGGAUACGCCAUCGAUCCGCCGAGUCCUUACUUCAAUAUUGAUAAUAUUACCGGAAUCGUGAGAACCAGCCAAGUGAUCGAUUACGAGGAGACGAAGCAACUAGAAUUCACGGUGAUCGCUUACGAUUCCGGAGUGCCUCAGCUUUCCGCGACCGCGAAAGUCACCGUUACCGUGAUAAACGUGAACGACCAGGAUCCGAAGUUUGAGAAGGAGCAGUACAACGCGUCGAUAAAGGAGAAUUCUCCGCCCGGCACUCGUGUUAUCAUCGUAAAAGCCACGGAUGACGACGAGGGGUCGUUUGGCGACGUCAGUUACAAUCUAAUCGGCGAGCAUGCUGCCGAUUUUAAUAUUGGACAUGAAACCGGGGAGAUCACCGUGGGCAGCGCCACGGUCCUCGACAGAGAGAUGACGCCGGAAAUCACAAUAAUGGUGAUGGCCAGCGACGGCGCCCACGUCAAUGUCCGACGUAGCACCACCGUGCCCGUGGUUGUCAAAUUAAUUGACGUGAACGAUAACAGACCGAUAUUCUCGCAACACAGUUACAGAGCAUCGGUCGCGGAAAAUCUGUCCGUUAACCCGCCAGCACCCAUUUUGCAGGUACGAGCCGUGGAUCAAGAUGAAGGAGUCAACGGCGAGGUCUGGUACACGAUCAUCAACGGGAACGAGAACGAGUCGUUUUCGUUGAACCGCGAAACGGGAAUUCUCUACCCCGCAGCCGCCCUCCUCGGCAGAGCCGGUUCUUACAGAAUCGAGGUGGAAGCGCGCGACGGCGCCGGAAAUGGGCCACACUCGGACAGGUGUUACGUCGACGUAAGAGUCACGCCCGUGAAUCAACACAAGCCGCAAUUCAUAAUGCCGGAAUUAACGAACGCAACUGUUGAAGUGCCGGAGAACGCAGGUGUCCCGAAUUAUCUAAUAUUGACUGUGAAAGCGAUCGAUAGAGAUCCCGGCGAGAAUGGUCGCGUUAGCUAUCACUUGAAGGUCGGCAACAGGAACGUUCAAGAAACCGAGGAAUUCAAUAUAGAUCAGGAGACUGGUGAACUUCGGUCAAAAAUCAUCCUCGAUCGCGAGAUCAAAAGCAAGUUCGAGCUCGUUCUGGUGGCAACCGAUCAUGGCAGUCCUACGGCAUAUGAGACUCUUCGUCUAUUAACUGUUCAGUUAGUUGAUACGAACGACAAUGUGCCGCAGUUUUUCGAGGAAUACAAUUUUCACGUUUCGGAGAAUCGUCCGAAGGAUUAUUUUAUCGGCAAAGUAACGGCGGAGGACAAGGAUGAAGGCAGACAUGCCAAAAUUUAUUAUUAUAUAGAAGCUGGGAACGAAGGGUACGCGUUUUACAUGGACAAGUCCGACGGCAGCAUUUACGCGAACAAAACGUUCGAUCGCGAAACGAGAGAUAAGUACGUUCUCUCCAUUCUUGCGUCCAACGAUCCUGAUCUCUACGUCAACCCUACACAAUCCGGCCGACCGUUGACACGCAAUCCUGAGCACGGGCACGCGAACGUGACGAUUGUCGUGCUGGACGAGAACGACAAUCCGCCGAUUUUCGAACGCAACGACUAUUACGCCGGUGUGAACUCCAUGGCGAACAUAAACGAUUUCGUGACCAAAGUGACCGCGUCCGACCUGGACAUCGGCGACAACGGCACCCUGCAUUACUACGUCGCCGGUGCGAAUCUCUACAAGUACGAAUCGGAUAAACCGAGCGGUUCAAUAGUGCCGAGCCCGUUCAAUGUCACGCAAGACGGGAAACUCGUUACAAGCGGAUAUAUGGCGGAAUACAAUCAGGACAGAUUCAUCGUCGAAGUGAUCGCCAAAGAGACAGCUAUUCCGGAAAGAUACGCGAUGGCUAGAGUUCAUGUGUGGGUGUUCGAGCCGUCUCAGUUAAUACGAGUCAUAUUGUCUCGACCUCCGGAGGAGGUGAAUAGCGAACGCGAUGAGAUCGUCUCGGAAUUGUCCAAUGCUACACAAAGCAGGGUUGUGGUAGACGACAUCAGAUAUCACGUUGACGCUUCUGGACACAUACGCAGAGAAUGGUGUGAUAUGUACUUGCACGUUGUCGAGCCGAAAACUCAAACCAUCGCGCCCAUUCCUCAGGUGCUCAAAGUUAUCGACGCGAAAUACGAUUUCUUGAAACACUACUACGCUGGAUUUGCCAUAGAGAAUGUUGUGCCUGCGUAUGCUGGAGUUCAAGAGGAACCGUUUGACCCUGCGCUUGCUGCCCUAAUAGCUCUUUUAGUCGUUUUGCUCGUGGGAGCGGUCACCGUUACAGUAGUUUGUUGUUGCUUACGUCACUGGGUGAUUACUGUACCGAAUGAUAUACGUAAGAAGGACGGCCUAAUCAAGAAACAGAUCAUCGACGAGUUGAAUACAACGGAGAACCCUUUGUGGAUCGAGCAGAAAUUGAAGCUCUACGAGGAACAAGAAUUGACGAUGCAAGUGUUCAGCGAGCCUGACAGCGGUCUUGGCGACGAAAGACGCGGCAGUGGCGUGAGCGUCGGCAUGGGGGACACGUCUCAGGACAACACGUAUGCCACGAUACAGCAUCCAUUGCCUGCGAACAGGCAUCGUCCGACCACGCCAGACUACACGACGCUUCCUGGAAAUCAUAAUUUAUACGAAUCGGCAAUGGGUUUCCAAGGAUCAACGUUCCAGCCUUCACCGAACGUAAUGCCGCAGCUCACGCUCGACCGCGAUGGCCAACCCCAAUUCGUCUCGGGGCUAGUAUAAAUCGACUACUCUCCGAUACACCGAGCACACCUUCAGGCUGCCCCUCUACCCUCUUUCUAUCUCUAAACAAUCACUCCGUCGCCGUACGUUGUACCUCUUUGUCCGCGGCUCUUUUCUAUUGCACGCGCGCGCGCGCGAAGCGAACAGGCGACUCGCAUGCAUACACCUCAUUGACAAUAACCGGGUUAAUAUGGUCGGGUUUGUCUUGCGAGUAGACGCGUGUACGAGAAGAGCAACACACACACACACACACACAUGACAUUUUACCCGAUGACUCGCCGCCCCUACGUGUGCGUGUUGUGCGUGUGACUCCUUGUCCUUUCACAGUUCGAACUCUUCUAAAGCCGAGAGAGCUUGUGCGCGAAAGACUCAAGAUGAAGAGUGACGACGAACGACAGUCAAUAUUAAUAUGGAGUAAUUAAAUCCCUGUAGCUGGUGUUUGCAUGUAUAUAUGUGUACGUUGCCAACCUGGGGUCCCCGUCUGUCUGACUUUGUUGUUGGAUCUACUUUUUAGGAGAAUCAAAAAAAGAAAACAAAGAAAAAGAGAGAGAAAAAGAAAGAAUAUACGCGCUAGAUAAAAAAAAAUAGGCACUGUGAGAUAGCUCGACAUGACCGAAGCUUGGCACGACAGAUAUAUGUAUAUAAGUGAAUGUGUAGAUUCCGUCCAGCCCAGUUUACGUAUUGUUACUAUUAUAUUUCUUCGUUAGAGUCUAGUAUUUUUUACAUGUAUUAUUGUAUAUGCGUUUUCUCUCCUCCUCCGAGGUACGUUGUAAACACUCGUUUCGACGUUUGUGUGCGAGCGCACCUUAUACGACGACCACAUUCCACGACGACUACUGCCAACGUUUCGGUAUCCAUGUUGCGAUAUUCGGCGAACGAAUGAUCGAGCCAUUGCCGCACAACGGAACAUCCGACAUACCAGAAGAUUAAUAAGUAUAAUUAUUCUAAGUUAUAUACCGCGUAUGUCUCGCUAGAGUAUAUAUAUUUAUGUUUAAGGUAGAGUUCGUGAACGACUGAUAUCCUCUCUUCCCGAUUAAACUGUGAUUUGAUUGCGCCCGAGGCACUGAGUGCAACGAUUCGUUAACUCGUAAUAUUUUUUGCACGAGUCUCACUGGCGGUGGGCGGACAUAGUCAUAUCAUAGUUAGAUGAAACAAUGACAUUCGUAGCGAAUUCCAUCGUCACACGGUGAAACGAUCUUAGGGUUUGUCUUUUUAUCGCUGAGCCGGUAUACGCUCACGGAACUUGAAAAGAAACAGAUCCAGACAACAUAAUGUCUAAAAUCGGGACAUAAGACGUCUUAAAGAUCAUUUUUAAGAUGUCUUUCAGACGAUUUACAUAUAAAUAUCUUUAAGGCGUCUUAAAGAUUAUCUUUAAGACAUCUUAUGUUCUGAUUUUAGACAUGUUGUCUGGGAGAUAAACAGUUAAGAUUUGGUGGAAGAAAGAGGGAAGUCACGGUGCGGGUCAGCGCGGUCAGUUCAGCAAUAGAGAACGAACCUCAUGCCUUCAACGUGAGAAUUCAACGUGUCAGCAUUAAACGCGUCCUACAACGCCUCAUUCAAACCGUCCUCGACUAAGAACUGAGAUUGUGACCUUCGAGAAUUCUCUGCGAACGAACUUGUCGUUAAAGAAUGUAUCGCAACUACUCGAAAUAACAGUAACUUAAACUUACGAUAUCAAGUUAUUUCUAAGAACAUUUAAUGUAAAACCAUUAUCGGUAUCAUCAUGAUAUUACUAGAUGGUUAUGAAUAUACCAGUUAGCGCAAAAGUCUCUCUGUUUAUUAAUUACAAAUUUAUUGUAAUAUUGUAACAUAUUUUAUGUAAGUCAUUAAUAAAAAAUAUUCGUAUAC